CUGAGCCCCGGGGACCGGGCGAGGGUCUCCCCCCGUCCCCAGCCGCGUCCCCGUUUCCCUCCCCUCGCCGAGCCCUCCUGCCCCCGCUGCGCCGCGCCGAGGGUCCCCGAGCGAUGCUGCGAGCGGACAGCGAGAGCCGGCCGCGGACCCCCGCUCCCUCGCCCCGGCCGUCGUCCCUCCGUGCCGCUCCCCGCCCCGGCCCGGAGCAGCUCCCUUCCACGUCGCCGCUCUCCUGCUGCAGCCCGUCCGCACGCUCAGCCGAAGGCUCGGGACAUGCAGGGUUCGGGGCUUUCGCCUGUCCGGGCACCCCCAGGAUGGUUCCCCCCCCGCCCAUCAGCAAGCCCCACGUGUGCCUCUCCACGGUGCUCAUCAUGAGCAGCCUCAUCCUCAUGGAUGCCUACCUGGUGGAGCAGAGCCAGGGCUCCAGGAAGCUGGGCAUCUGCGUCAUGGUGGCGGUGGGCGACGUGUGCUUCCUGCUGGUGCUCCGCUACGUGGCCAUCUGGGUCGGGGCGGAGGUGAAGACAGCCAAGCGGGGCUACGCCAUGAUCCUCUGGUUCCUCUACGUCUUCGUUCUGGAGAUCAAGGUCUACUUUGUCUACCAGAACUACAAAGCUGACCGGAAGAGCCUGGACCUCAUGGCCCGCAAAGCGCUGACCUUGCUGCUCUCCAUCUGCAUCCCGGCCCUCUACGUGCUGCUGGUGGCCACGGAACGCAUGGAGUACGUCCGGACGUUCAAGAAGAAGGAAGAUCUCCGCAACCGCCUCUUCUGGGUCAUCGUGGACAUGCUGGAUGUGCUGGACAUCCAGGCCAACCUGUGGGAGCCCCAGAAGAAGGGUCUGCCGCUCUGGGCGGAGGGCAUCAUGUUCUUCUACUGCUACAUCUUGCUCCUGGUCCUCCCUUGCGUGUCCCUCUGCGAGAUCAGCAUGCAAGGCAUCGGCAUCGUGCCGCACCGGAUGAUGCUGUACCCCAUGCUGAGCAUGCUCACCGUCAACAUCACCACCACCUUCAUCCGCGGCAGCAACAUGGUCUUCUUCAGGGACGCCCGCGUCUCCAGCAUCUUCAUGGGCAAGAACAUGCUGGCCAUCGGCCUGAAGGUCUGCAUGUUCGUGCAGUACCAGCGGCACCGGAACCAGGCGCCGCCGGGGCCGGGCCCUGCCCCGCAGGGCGCCUGCCAGCCCCAGCCCUCCCCGGCGCCGGGCAAGUCCCGGGACCAGCCCGCUUGCCCCGAGGAGCUGGCCCAGGACAACACGUGAUGCACCAGCCCGGGCGCCGCCACGCUCGGCCGUCCCCGCGAAACGCCAGGAGGGCCGCGGCGCCCCUGGACAGCGGGGACUGAUCCUGCCUCUCCUCCCUCCCUGGGUGAAGGCGCUCCGGUCCCCGAGGGCAGCCGAGCGGUGCAGGACCACGGCCCCCCGGCUCGGCCCGGGGCUGCGCGGGGACGCCGCCUGCCCCACCUCGGCCUCUUGGCCCCGCUCCCCGUGCUGCGGGAGCCGGGUGCCCACGCUGGGGGGAGCGAGGACUUCCUCCUCCUUCUUGGACAGCCGCAGGCUCGGCGGGGGCUCGGCCACGGGACCUUUUUCGUGUGUCCCCCUUUGCAAUAAAAGACCUGAGCCCUC